GCCAGUAUCGAAUCAUCCUAAACCAAGCUUUCGAAUAAAAAUAAAAUCAAUACAAAAAAUACCUUCCCAUUUAGAACGAAAACGAAUUUUUGGGAAAAUUUUAAUUAUUGUUCCGGUAUUUUUCACAUUUUUUUAUGCACAAUAAAGAAAAAUUUGGCGAUUUUCUGCUACUGUGCCAAAGAUAACGAAGGAGAAGACUUCCAGUUACUACCCUAACCUCUAUAAACAUUGAGAUACAUUUAAAAAUUGCCCACUUUAGCAAAAUUCUGCUCAAUUGAUGCCUGCAAAAUGUGCGGUCGCGGAGGCAAAGGGAACCCCAAGAAACCACCAAAAGAUGGUUUUGAGGAUUGGGGCGGCUACAUGGCGGCCAAGAAGGCCAAACUGCUAGACCAGUUCCACAGCGCCCAGGUGGAAAAAGUGUCGGAUAUUUUCGCAGGCGUUCGAAUUCUUGUCAACGGAUUCACUAACCCCUCGGCAGCCGAGCUGAAGAGCCUGAUGGCGGCGCAUGGGGGCGAGUACCAUCUGUACCAGGCCUCGUCCACCACCCAUAUAAUCGCCUCCAACUUGCCCAACGUUAAAAUAAAGCACUUGGGGGCCGUCCCUAUAGUGAAACCAGCCUGGAUCACUGAGAGCAUCGCUUUGAACAAGCUGCUGGAUUACACCAACUAUCUGCUGUACAGCAACCAGUCCAGGCUGCAGCCUGCGUUGAAUUUUGUCGUUCUUCCAAAACCUGACGCUGAUUUCAUCGAGGAGGAAAUUCCUCGGGCAAAGAGUGCCAGCCGGUCGACGAAAACCGCGUCGGACCCGAAGUUUCUCGAAGAGUUUUACAGCAACUCCCGCUUGCAUCUCAUUUCGACAUUGGGGGCUGAAUUCAAGCAGCUGGUGAGCAAACUGCGAGAGGGCUCUAACGGCAAGUUUCCCGGCAGGGAAAAGCUGGUUUUACGCAGCGCUCAUGGAAAUGCGGGCCCCAAUGUGCCUGCGUCCAUAGUCAUGCACAUCGACAUGGAUUGUUUCUUCGUCUCAGUAGGGCUGCGCAAGCAUCCCGAGCUGAAGGGCCUGCCAGUGGCAAUUGCCCAUGCCAGAAGCGGAGUGCUUAACUCAGCCGAUCCGACCCGACAGGCCAUCAGGGAUCAGGAGUUUGCCCUCUACGAGGAAAGACUGCCAGAAGGUGGAGUAUCCCGAGUGGUCGAUAUCAAGGAGCAGAUGGACGGUUUGGCUUCGAUGUCCGAAAUCGCCAGCUGCAGCUACGAAGCGCGGAAGUACGGCAUCAAGAACGGAAUGUUUUUGGGGCAGGCGGUCAAGCAGUGUCCAGGCCUAAAGACCCUGCCUUAUGACUUUGAGGGCUACAAGGAAGUUUCCAACCUGCUCUACCACACUGUGGCCUCAUACACUCUGGACAUAGAAGCGGUGAGCUGCGACGAGAUGUACGUAGAUGUAAAGGCGAUUCUAGCCGAAUGCGGCUUAACAGUGGAGGAAUGGGCGUCGCAUAUUAGGAGCGAGAUAAUGGAAGUGACCGGCUGUCCAUGCUCUACAGGUUUUGGAGCCAAUAGGCUGCAGGCCCGGCUGGCCACCAGAAAAGCCAAACCGGCAGGACAGUAUCACCUACAAGCGGACCAAGUGGACGCUUAUAUGGCCGAGAUUUCCUUGGCUGAUCUUCCAGGGGUGGGCAGAGCCACUUUGGCCAAGCUCAGGAAUCUUGGUUGUAGCACUUGUGGGGACUUGCAGAGUGGCUCAUUGAAAACCGUGCAGUCCGAGCUGGGAAACAAGCUGGGCGAGAGAAUUUGGGAACAAGCGCACGGCCUGGACAACAGGCCCUUGGACUUUAACCACGAGCGAAAGUCUGUGUCGGCUGAAAUCAACUACGGCAUUCGGUUCAAAACCAGGGAGGAAUGCUACAGCUUCCUGCAAAGCCUGGCCGGGGAGGUUUUUAGCCGUUUGUCCGACAUUGGCAUGAAGGCUCGGGGGCUCACGCUCAAGCUUUUAGUGCGCGCCGAAGGCGCCCCUGUUGAAACUGCCAAAUUCCUAGGCCAUGGCGUCUGCGACGCCAUCACAAAGAGCAGCACCGCAAAUUUGGUGUUUUCCACCUCUGAGGUGAUCUACAAAGAAGCCAAGGCGAUUUACGAUAAGUUGAACGUGUCCUUUGCCGAACUGAGGGGAGUGGGAAUCCAACUGACUAAACUGGAGAAAAAUGCGCCCACCAACAAGGCCAUGAGCAACUUCUUGAAGCAAGCGCAAGCCAAGCCCGCAAAGGAACCGAGCUGCAGCUCGGAACAGGCAGCUCCACAGCCAAACCAGAAAGAUCGCGAUCCAAAACCCAAGGGCUCCACUAGUUCCAAGCCAUUGCCUCGACUGAGCAAGGCGAAGAGCGGCACUAAAGGUGGAAAAGCAUCGGCUAAGGGGACAAUGCUGCAAUUUUUGGGCCAAGGCAGCGCAGGCCCAUUCCAAGUGAAACGGGAGCAAAUCGACUUGGAGGUGUUGAAAGAGCUGCCGGAAGACAUUCGCAACGAGUUGCUGAAAGAGUACCGGUUGGACGUGAAUCAGCAACAUGCAGCUGGCAAAAGCAAAGCAGAGAACUGUGCAAACAACGAAAGCUUGAAAGCGGACGCAUCCUCAUCAGCGUCAAUCGCGAAACAGUCACCGUUCGCCUCUCAGACCUGGGAGCAGGUGAAAGAAGGAAUCAAAACCUGGAUCCAAUCGGAAAUGGAGCCCGCCGAUGUAGACGUGGAAAUGCUGGCCGAAUACCUGCGAAGCUUGGCUCUGGAUAGGCGCAUUGAAACUCUCCAAGGCGGCUUCAACUUCCUCCACAGGAAAUUUCAGAAUUUAAGUUGCGCUUGGCAUCGGGCCUACUUUUCCCUGGUGGAUGCCGUCCAGCAAGGCAUGGUAGCCCGUUACGGGAAAACCUUACUAAUAGAGAAUGUGAACUUUUCGUGUUGCCAAAUCGACUAGAUCUACGUGUUAUCAUAAGAGAUA